AUGGCACAUACUCCAGCAGAUUUCCAAGGCUGGGAGUUUGGCCAAAGAGAUGCGAUCUUUCAGCUUGAUGGGGAAGAAACCCUGAAGAGGGUUCGUGCUUCCAGAAGAUCUUCAAGAAUGACCAGAGGUAAACAAGGUUCUUUCAGAGACGACCCGUUCAGCAUCAUUUUGAAAAGAGGCGAUGACAAUUUGGUGAUUCAAUCCGGGGAUUGUAUUCUCUACAAUGAACGGUUCUAUUACGAUCGACAAAACCAUAAAAAAAUCAAUCGAGCGUUCGAUGAAGUGCUCUUGAUUAAAAACGUGCGACUAAAUACCGAUGAAUAUGUGGACGUUUCUGCAAUUUCGCUAAAGACUAAUCAAUUUGUGUUUGAUGCUUUCAACGGGGCUCGGGUGAAAUCAACCGUGGAUUUAGAUACCAUUGACGAUCAAGAACUUUUCAUUUCCCCUAAACAGAAAAACGUUUAUUGUACCCAUAUCAUCAAGAAAAUCGACGUGUAUUCGUUUAAGAAAUACCAAUUGUUAAAGGACAAGCAGAAACGACAGAGCUAUUUCUGUCAACGGGCUAUUGAUGCUACGUAUUUCUCGCAAGCGUUCGAUUACGAGGAACUAUUAGAAGAUUUAAUGAAGAAUGUCGAUAAGUUUCUGCAGUUCAUGAAGAAGUUGUUGUACGACGAAAAUGAAGAGUACCUAAAAUCGAUUCGGAAACACGCGAUGCCUACGACUCCUAAAAAGCCCAAGAAACCAUUCAUUAAUAAAUCGAAAUUGAAAACAAUGUUGGUGGGUGAUGAGCUUGAAUCACCACCAGAAGAAGGAGAAGAUGAGCCUUCAAACAAUCAACAGGAUGGAUCAUCUAGUGACUACGAAAUGAAUGAGGGUGAGAGCUCGGAAUCAGAUGUGUCAAUGGAAGAUGUAAUGGUAAAUGAUGAUGAUGAUGAUGAAGGAGACGAUUAUGAAGACACUUUGGCCAGCACCAGAAGGACAAGAAAAGCAAGAAGAACUCAGUCCCCUAAAAAAUCGCGGAAAAGGCUCAAAAAGAAGAAACAAAGGCAAUCCCCAGUGAAAAAAUCAGUUAGUGAAUCCACUCCCCUGAUUCCAAGUAGGGUUUUAAAAUUGGAAGAGGAUACUGGUGAUAUUGGGACUUUGGGGGCGAUUGAUGAAGGUAACCCAUCUAGAAAGAGAAUAGGGUUCCAAAAUGCUAAAGAACAACUCCACACCUCUACUUUAGGAGCAUCGUUACCAUGUCGUGAAGAAGAAUUUGCUCAAUUGUACCUUACUUUAGAAAGUUUGAUUACCCAGCAAAUGGGGAGCUGUAUUUACAUCAGUGGUACCCCUGGGACCGGGAAAACCGCCACAAUUAGAAAAGUGGUUAGUGAAUUAGUGCAAAGAAUGGAAAAUAACGAAAUUAUGGGAGCGAUGGAGAAAAGAAUUCAUGAGUUGGAAGCUGCCAAGACGAAGCAUCCUAAAAAGAAGCUGGAAUUAUCGACCACUCAAAUAGUCAUCAAUGGUCUUAAGGAUAUCAAGAAAAUGAGCCUUAGUGAUCUCCAAUAUGUGUCCGCAAAAAUGCUGGAAAAAGUGAUGAAGGGAGAAGAUAAAGCCUAUGAAUAUCUCGACAGCUUUGAUUACGUGGAAAUCAAUGGUUUGAAACUUAUUUCUCCUAAUGCGUGCUACGAGAUUUUGUGGGAAAAAAUCAGUGGCAAAAGAGUAUCGGCUAACAGUGCCAAAAACUUGAUUGAAAGUUAUCUUAGUGAUGAUAAAAACACCAAUAAACGCCCAUUGGUAGUACUAAUGGACGAAAUUGAUCAAAUUAUCACCAAAAAUCAAAGCAUCAUGUACAAUUUCUUCAAUUGGCCAACUUAUCCCAACUCCAAGUUGAUUGUCAUUGCCAUUGCCAACACUAUGGAUUUGCCAGAACGGGUGUUGACCAACAAGAUUAGUUCGAGAUUGGGGCUCACCAGAUUAUUGUUCCCCGGGUACACUCACGAUCAGUUAUCGAUCAUCAUUGAUAAACGGAUCUCCAACAUGAAUAAGAAGAACGACAGUUUACAAAUAUCUUUGAGAUUUGAAAAAUCAGCGAUAGAAUUUGCCUCGAGAAAAGUUGCCAGUGUUAGUGGUGACGCCAGACGAGGAUUAUCGAUUUGUCGCAGAGCGGUGGAGAUUGCUGAGGAAGAGUACGUACAGAAAGGCAAAGAGAAUUCCAGUAAAAAACCGAUCACGGAUGCCAAUGGGGUAUAUUACGUGAGGAUCCAUCAUGUCAUCAAGGCGAUCCAAGAAACUACGUAUUCUCCCACCGCGGUGUUUGUGAUGAAUUUAUCGGUUCUAGGGAAAAUCUUGUUGGCCGCGAUUCUUAGACGACAAAAAUUCACGGGAUUCCCGGAAAAUGAAAUGAACGAUAUAAUUGAUGAAAUGAAGAGAAUUAUCAAUAUGGAAUUUUUGAAUGUCAAUGAUCGGAAUUUGAAAUCCGGGCUUAUCAAAGACAAAAACAUUUUCGAAGCGUUCUUUGUCACCCCAACCAAUCAAUUGAUGGGCUUGCAAUUCUUAAUCAACCAAUUGGUUGAAGCAGGGGUGAUCACCCAAGAAGAAAACAAGGCAAAUAAAUCAAGAUUGGUGAAAUUAUGUAUUCCCGACGAUGAGGUUCAUAACGCUUUAAGAAAAGAAAAGAUGUUCCAAAAGAUUUUGGGUUAA